AUGCACCGGAUCAUCAUCAUUAUCCCCUGUGUUUGCGCCAUCGUCGCCAUUUUUGUUCUACACAGGCGUUAUGUCCAUCGACUCCGCUACGAGGAUGCCCAUGACAAACACAAAUCCUUAGAUUUUGGGAUGGAAGUCGUGAGAGCAAAUCCGGAAAUGGGAGAAAAGCCUCACAAACGGGGCGGAUUGUCCUUGGACGUUGGAAACAGUCCUUAUUUGCUGCCGCCAGGACUACAUGAUUCGAAAGAAUCUCUCCGAUCACCCUCACUGAUUACGAGUCCGGAAGACGACAAAUAUCGUCUAGCUGCUCAUAGUGAUGCUGGGUCAUUAAGAUCCUUCCGGUCCAACCCAAGAUGGGGCAACGAUGAUGCGUCAAGUUUUGUAGGAUCCACUAGGCAGAUGCCUACAAUGGCCGAUGAGAUGGACCAAGGCCUUUUACAAAAUGCUUCCGGAAUGUCGAGGUCGCCUCCGGUAGGCGGCAUACCAACAUCUCCUUUAGCUGCAGACCCCAUCCUCAAUGAAAAGUACUCAAGUGAACCGAAAGCGAUGGAUAAGAAACAUUCGUCAAUGGAUAGCUCGCCUCCAGACUUUGAAUCCGUCACUGACUCGAGUGCGGAUUUACCUAAGGAGUUGGAGUCUUCUGUACCUUCCGCACAUAACGAUGAGAUGUUCCUGGGCUCUUAUGGACAACAAAAAGCAGGAAACCUCACUGCUGACAAGGCUGAAGGAAACCAUGUCCCCAAUGAAACAUCUCACACUACUACUCGUUCUAGCCUCAACGGUUUUGAUUUCGGAACAGGUAACAAUGAUGCAAAUAGCGAGCACCACGACAUUCCCAUCAUACAGGAGACCACUACAGACACCCCUCCAGUAGGCCUUCCAAGAUUGUCUCUCCCUAUGAGUGAAACGAGUGAUUAUGGGGAUGAACCAAAGUCGAACUUGUCGCCGUCAGUAAACGUGUCAGAGGCGGAAGAUCAGCCCCGCGAGUCAGAAGAUAACCAUCAGCCUGUCAACAACCGUGCGACCCAAGCCUUCACAAAAUUCGACGAAGGUUUCGAUCCACACAGGCUAACUGUCGGUAUCCGACCUCUUCCCCCAGAAGACCCUUCCGAUAACGCCGAGCAGAGAGCCAACAGAAUUCGUUCUUUCUACAAGGAGUACUUCGACGAUUCUAGGGGUGUUCCUGAAGAAUACUACGAGGACUUUGGCUCGGAGUUCUACGACGAUGCUGCCGUUUACGACCCAUACACUGGUGACUAUGUCGUGGGACCACCGAAACCCUUCGCUCAACCUAUGGCUCGUCGCGCAAUGACGCCUCCACCCCGUUUCCAAGGACCUCCUCGGCCCUUGCACUCAGCUGCAGGAAUGAGGGCACCUGGUCCUCGUGCUUUCUCGUCCGCUUCAGCCCGACUACCUGCCAACCAGGGACCUCGCAAACCAGCUCCUCCUCCGGAACCCUUACAUGUUUUGCCCUCACCUCACCUGAUUAAGGACGACAUGUCUGUGCUGCCGGUGGAUUACGCCCCAGCUAAAACGUUCAAGGAGCGGCAAGAAGGUCGCCCUGAUAGUCCUCAUGGGGGAUUACGCCCCUUCACACCAUCGGCUCGUUCUCAUACUCCUUUGGUAUCAUCUUUCGAUGACCUUGCUGCUAUUCCGAGCCCUCACGCUAUGAGAAAAUCCGGAUUAUACACAACGUUGGACUUCGCACCUCCUGCCCGAUUUAGAAACGAUACUGGUAGCGAUGCCGGUAGCAUACGUAGCAACCGUACCGGUAUUUCGGCUGUUCACACACACAACAUUCGUACAGGCGCGUAUCGUGUCAGUCGCCUUCCCCCAGGAGUGGUGGGCACAAAGGAUGACCUCUUCGCAAGCCUGAAGCCGAGUAUGGAUUUGAACCGAUAG